AUGCUCAAGCUCCCGGUCAACUCGUCCAGCUCAAACACCUUCAUGAAAACAGGCAAUGCAUAUGCUUACAUGGACUCGACCAUUUCGUCCUUCAAGCUCUCCAGCAUUGGUCUCAACGAUAACACGCAUGGUGCUGCCGCGCUGACGCUCCAGCAAUUCUACAAUGCGGGCGCAGACGUGAGCCAUGUAUUUUAUGACGACGAGUCUCCCGACAACAAAACCCACGAUUCCAACGGUCACACCAAGGGUGUUGUUGGCCUGGACGACUCGGCAGGCCUCUGGAUGGUGCACAGCGUUCCUCGCUACCCUCCAUACCAAGCGUCGGGCUACAGCUAUCCCGACUACGCCACGACCUUCGGCCAAUCAUUCUUCUGCAUGAGUCUCUCGUUGAGCACAUUGCAAACGGUUUCACAACAGAUGCAGCUCAACCAUCCGUACGUGUUUGAGUCCAAGCUGACCACUGCCACAAGCCAGAAGGUUCCAGCGCUCGCUGGCAUUGUCAAUGGCGUGCACGUCUCUGUGAGCGCUUCCAACAUUACCGCGUUCCAGACGCUCGGUGGUGUCCCGUUGACGGCCUUUUCCAAAACCUCGACUUGGAACCAAGAUCUGUACAUGGAUCUCGUGCAGCCUUACUACAAGCAGAGCAUGCUGAUUGAAACGUGGACGAACGGCAUCAAUCCUGUAAGCCUUGCUGCUACCAAUAGUCUUGAUCAGAGUCACCCUCAACCCUGCGCCACUCACUCCCUGACACGGUUUGUUCCAAAACCCAAAACCCAGCUCCCGUCCGAAUGCACCCCAAAGUUCCCCUACAAUUCAAUGAACGUUGCCGUUGUCGAAUUUGCUGGAGGCUACGAGUACACGCGCUCCAGGGACCACAGCAAGUGGGCCAUCAGUCAGAAUGCCAACGAGAAUGUGGUAUGCAUUGGCGACAUUAACCGCCAGGCGUCGAUGGCAACACGAGCCGGUGGCACAGUGUGCAUUGUCAACAAGACCAUCUGGACUGCCUUCAAUAGCCUGAUUGUUGCUGUCGAUCCUUGCUAA